AUGCGGCUGUGGACCGACUUGUGCUUUCUGUACUGUAUUCACCCUAUUCCUCACCCCUUUCUAUCGGUUGUUGGAAUAGUGACGAUGAGGAAACCACAGAGAAAACUCAUGCCAGUACAGUCGGCUACCGGAGCGAUCUCUGACGGUGAAUCUAACAGUUACGUUUUUGGUAGCAUCAGUGAUGGCGUUUUUCAUGGAAAAAUCGUUUCACCUCAUUCAGGAGCCUGGUAUAUUGAACGAGCUCAUUACUAUUUUCCCCAUCAUGCUAUAAAUGAAUCCUUACACUCAGUUAUGUACCAUGAAAAUGAUGUCAUUGAUCCUUAUGCUAACAUACGAAAUGGUAAAUUAUGA